AACUACUAGUGGUAUUUUCGUUUUGCACCUUGUAUUGGUCUAAAAGUUUGCUAAAGGGUUGUUAAAUACUUGUAUAGCAAAUUAGGAUUGUCAUACAACAUCACUAUCUCAUGUUGAAUAUGUGAUGCAAUGGAUUUAUUUUUACGUCAUGCAGCUGAAGCCCUUCAUUCAAGUUGUAAAAGUAAAUGGAUUCUUGUUGUUGGAAAUGAAGCAUGUGAUCUAGAUAGUACAGCAUGUGCACUUGCCUAUGGAUUUUACAAACAAAUGAAGCUUGAAAAUGAGUUCAUUGUUAUACCUGUAUGUAGUAUCAAUAGAGAAGAUAUGGUUUUGCGCACUGAAGUUACCUUUUGGCUUACUCAAUGUGGUCUCAAAUGGGAAGAGUUGAUUUAUCUGGAUGAUGUUUUCAAUGAAACCUAUUCAAAAGUGAAUGAAAAUGAAUUAUUUUUAAUUCUAGUUGAUCAUCAUUUACCAACGAAAAAGUUUAAUGAAUGGCCAACCAUUGAAAUAAUUGAUCAUCAUCAGUUAGUUAAUACUGAAACCGUUGAAAAUUGUCCUUUUAAGCAAAUCGAUCUUGUCGGAUCCUGUGCCACUCUAAUCACUUUCGAAAUUUUGAAAGGAAUGGAUGGUAAUUAUUUACCAAGCAAUGUAUGGAAGUUGCUUUAUGGUGCCAUACUUAUUGAUACAAUCGGACUUUCUAAUGCUGGUCAAAUGGCUGGACGAUUAACAGAAUUAGAUCUCCGCAUGGCUAAUCGUAUCGAAGAUAUCAUUUACAAUCAGAUUUUCACUCCAAAUGUUUCAAGAAAUUCCUUAUUUACUCAACUGGAAACAGCAAAAUUUACUGUUGAUGGGCUAUCUACAUGGGAUUUAUUACGUCGUGAUAUGAAAAUUGUUUCUAGUCCAAAUAAAGAUGCGUUCCAAUUUGUGUGCUCUACUGUAUCUGGAGUUGAUUUUACGAUGUUAAUUAAUUCUCCUGACUUUACUGAAGCAGCCAAUCGGAUAUGUGCUAAAUAUAAUGCCAAUUUACUUGUUUGUCUUACUGUUGGCUAUCCCUUAUCGGAAAGUUCAUCGAUACCUUCAUCGGAGUUGACAACUUUUCGAAGAAGAGCUCUGAUUCUGUAUAAUAUGAAUUUUCCUGCUGGACGUUAUAAUGAUCUGAUUAAAUUUCUCCUGAAUCCGAAGCUUAAUCUAGAUUUACUUCCUCAGUCUGUCCCCGAUUUCAGUCAUUUUAUAGCAAUUGUGAAUAAUAUCAAAAUGACACGUAAAAUCCUACUACCUUUAUUGGUACAGUUUCUUCAGCAAUUGGGGUCUCCAAGUGAUACUGACACUUCCGAUAACAAUCCCAAGAAUGAUAUCGACAGUAAUGAUGAUUGUAACAAUGUUGUUAUGGAGUCAGACACAAACAAUAAUAUCUCUUCAACAAAUACUAAGAGUUCACAUUCACUUGAUACAACUCCCAAGUGUUCAACGGAUCUGAAAGAUAAGGUGAGGAAUGCUACUGAAUUUGCUCUAAAAGACGUCAUUCCUUCUCUGAGGAAGUGGCUUUUACCUUUAAAUCCUCACGAACGAUGUGAAUUUCUGAGAUCCUUUUGUCAAAGUUCUUUAAAAGCAAAUGAUAGUCCAUCACUGGACUUACUAAAUAGUUUAUGGACCAGUAUUUGGUAUGAAACUAGAAAAACGUCUAAAACUGUUAAAUCUGCCGUUGGUACACAAACACCUACACCUAAAUUAUUGUGGUUGAAGUCACACCAAACCAGACGUGUUGCAAGUAUGGUUCAAGGUAAUUGUUCAGCAAUAAGAGCAAUUUCAGGUAAAAUGGGAGGUUUCAAAUCCGCUCGACGUUUUACUUUAUCAGAUACCAACGAUCUUACAUUAUAUAGUGAAAAUAUAUCUAAAGCUCGGGUUGAUCUCCCAUCAUCACGUUUUGUUCAUCGUAUAUCUGAUGAACAUUUAUGUGUUUCCGAUUCUGAAAAUACUAAACCAAGUUGGUUAGAGACUGAAUAUUUGACUCGCAUUCCUGCCUGGUUACCAUCUACUUUAACAUCAACUUCUUUAGAUUCAGCUGAAGCAGUCAGUUAUAGACUUUAUCGUCGUUUGUCAGGAAUGCCGUUGUCCAAGGAUUCCGAAGAUGAAGUGUCAUAUGGUCAUACAUCGUUUCAAAGAGAUAAUCAUGAUGUUCACAUCAUACAUGAUAAAGAUCAGGACAUUGAUUAUAAUAAACUUGAAGAUGAUGAAUUAGCUUUACUUCGAACAUCACUUACAGAUUGUCGACAAUUAUUCAUAGAUAAACAAACAUCAACGUCUAAUUUAUCCAAUUAUACUAGCUGGCUUUCUAGUCAUCCGGAUCAUAUUACCGAACAAGGUCUUAAGUUUCUUAAAUUAGGUUUCGAUCUUCAGCCUGCAAAAACUGAAGAUACAGGCAUGACACUAAAAAUGACUAAAUCAAUACUUACUAACGAACAACAAAGUCACCCGUCUUUUCAUGUUACAUUUGAUCUUGGCUGUACAGAAGAUUCAAAAAUAAUGAUAUCAGACGAGUAAGUUUUGAUUAAAUCUAUCAUUGGAAUUCAAUGUUGAACUAUUUAUUCCCUUAUAUUAGUGUUUUUCAGUUGUCUACAUUUUCUUUUAAUAUUCUAUCCAAAGAGAUAAUGUAAUGUUUCACAGUUUUGCUCCAAGUAUUGGGUACAUCACUUUUUCUGAGUAUUUUAAUCUAAUUAUAGACUAAUGGACAGACAGUCGAUUGUAAAUUUAUAACUGUUCUACACCGCUUUUAUGUGAGAGAUUAAGAAACAAAGUAAAGUUUUAGGGUGGAAUAAAUUGAAUAUUUAUGUUUUUAUUCUGUGAUUUUGUCGAAUAAUCUAAUGUAUUUAUUGGUUAGUAGUUUGUUUUAAACAAUUAGGUCUUUAGUUCGUAUCCUUUUGGAUGUAUUUUGAUUAGAAUAUGGAUGUAAUAUCUCUAGUUGUUUUACUUUUAACCACAGUUGUUUUAAGUAGACAUAUAGGUGACACCAAAAACAAGAGUAUGGAGUCGAUACAGUCAAUAAAAUAUCGGACAACGUGAUGGACGAAGUACUGUUGAAAAAAUGUUGAUGGAUUAUUGAGAAUAGGAUUAGGUCUUGGUGACUAGUGGAAACGAAUUGAUUUUCCACUGACAACCUCAUUGUCUUGUUCUGUGUCAGUAAAUACAGUGAUUGUAAUUAAUUUUCAUUUUGGCGUUCUUGUUGAUGGUGAAACAUGUUAACAAAGCCUAUCACCUAAAGUAGUCCUUCGUACGGUGGUUAUAACAGCAUAUGAACAUGGUCAACAUAGGCAAAGAUAAAGUCUCAAAUUAUCUACUUGUGCUUCGAAACCACCUCACCUAGCUUAUAUGAUCCCAUUAGUUGUCCCUUUGAUCUCAUAAAUUGGGACCAUGCCCUGUCGCGUAAGUUACUGGCGGUUGACAACUGUAAUCGCUUCUCACCCGAGCCCAAGGUGUAUUGUAUAGCUGUUGCUCCUCAUAGGGUGUCUCUUCGAGAAUAUGGUCUACUAGGUUUCCCACCUGUACCAUUAUAUUGAUGUUGGGGAUUCUAGAUCCCCAUAGAUCACUUGGUAAACGUCUUAUUUUUGUAACCUUAUUUUAGAAAUUGGAAUUUCUCGUUUUCACUCCAAAAGCGCCUAUUUUUACUUUCAGAUUGUAUUUCCCACACGAAAGGACCCUAAAUGUCAUUGGUUGGUUGCCUCUUUUAAUGUGCUGUUUCCGAAGGGCAUUUUUAUAUUGUAUAUAUACGCUUGAGUUGUGUGCUUGUUGUUGUUUCUGGCUGCUUGUCGAAUAUGCCUUUCCAUCAUCUCAACCAGGUCUUUUCCCUCUAGUUAGAGGAGCUGGGGCGCAUCAUAAUAGUUAACUUGUUUUGUCUCUAUGUCGCUGAUCUUUCAUUCCGUUCGCCGAUUUAGGUGAUCUCGUAAUCUCUUAAAACAUAGCAAUUGGUCAGCAGCACAUCAACCAAAUGUUCCUAACGUGAAGUUUGCGGUCGAAUAGCAUAGGUCAAGAACUGCUUAAGCCUAUACAAACCACGUAUGGACGUUGUUGGGAUCGUUUUAAGUAGUUAUAAUUUUCCAGUGGUGUCUGGUAAAGCAUGUGGUAUGUUUUUAUUUUUUUGAAUGUCUGAUGAAAUCGAUGAUAAUGUGGAUUUAUCAUGUCCCAUAGCGAAUCAAAAACAUUAUUAUGUACAGGAAUAUGACAACAAUAUCAUGUAUAUAAAAUGUAGCCGAAAAUAGACCAAGUUUAGGUUAUGAUCACAAACGUUACAAACUUGAAGUUUUCACAAAAGUUUCUGUGAAUCAAAUGAGAUUGUAACAAUUAGUUUCAUUAAACAUAUAAUUUAUCUUAACCUUUUAAUCCUUCCAGUCAUUCUGUUAUUUAUGUGCAUAACCUUGAGAAUAUGCGUAUGAUAGAACUUGUAUCAGUAUACUUGUAUCUCUUGCAUUCUUGUUAAUAUUCUUACUCAUCAUUUAUUGAGUAGACACGUUUACUUUCCCCGUUUCUCAUCUUUCAUUGGUUGUCUACACUAAAAGAUGUAUAAAAUACAUGUAUUCGUAGGCACUUUCGUAUUUGAUUUGCUUUAUUCCGCUGCAUGCAAUAACGCGAUUAAGUCAAUGAAAGUAAACCAAGUUAGUUAAGGAACUAUAUUUCAUCAUUCUUCAUUCAAACACAGUUGACCACAGAUACACUUGAAUCAAAUGGAAAACGUAACCAAACAAAUAUUAUCAUAUAUGUAAAUAUGUUAAAAGUUAGCUUUAGAAUAAUCUUGAAAUAGUUACACUACUUAAUUAAAUGUUUGUUCAGAAUUUAAAUAGAGACGAUUAAACACAGAAAUGAUAAUUUUCUCUAUCUUCUAAGUAGUUAUCAUUUGAAUUUGUAAAUAUUUAUUGAAUAUCACCAAGUGUAUUGUUUUUUCUUCGCAUUCCUUGUAAGCUCAAUAGAGGUAUUAGUGAAAAUUUAUAUUAUAGGUAAAUAUUUAUUAUUCCUUAUCAAGUUUACUAAGAGUACAUAUUAUGUAUCAAUAAUGUUCCAUAUUUCACUUAGUCAUUAAAUAUCACUUUAUUAUAUCAUUUCUUUAUAAAAUAAUUAAUUACUUAUGUACAUUUGUGUAUGUGUAUAUGUAAGUGUACUUUUUUACUCUCUCUCCCUCUCUCUCUCUCUUUCCCUCUCCAUAUUUUUCUACUUUAGGACCGUGGAUGAAUAAUUUCAUGAAACCAAAUACAAUUCAAUUAUUAUUAAUGAAUCGAAAAUUGAAUAACAAUUAUAACAUUAAUUGGUUAAAACAAUUUAUAUCAAUGUAUUCACAUGUUAUUCGUGUUAGUUUUAUAAAAUUUACAUUAAAUUUCUUCUCAAAAAUAUAAUCAUUUUCCUUGUUGUGUACAUCUUGUAUUUUUGUUUGUUUGUUUGUUUUCCCUUUCUAUAUACGUUAAAUGUUUAGUUCAUUUAUAUUGAUACUCUUUUGAUUAUACAUUAUUUUAUUAUGUAAUCAUUAUUAGUUAUUUUAUACUUUUCUUGUUGUUCAUAGUUUCACUUAUUUCUUGAAUUUGUGUUGUUGUUGUUCUCUUUCUUUUUUCUUUCUUUGUUUCAUUAUUUCACAAUUGUUGUUUACAUUUUCAAAUCAAUAAUUUUGAUUUCAUUCUGUUUACUUUGAUUGCUUAUAUUUUUUUGUGUGUUUACAUCUAGAAUAUUUCUGUUUUAUAUUCAUAUUGUUAAUAAUGGUACGAAUAAUAAAAAUUUCAUGUUCUGUCUUAUUUUGUUUUUAUUUAAACAAAAUAUAAAUC